GAGCAUGCACAGCCAGGGGCGGACUGACAACUCAUGGGGCCCCCGGGCAAUAGGGGAUCAUGGGGCCCCUGUGUCCUUGCCCAAACUCAAAAAAGCCUAUGAAAAAGGUACCAGGGGCAUCUCAUGGGGCCCCCUACUGACCCCAGGCCCUCGGGCAGUGCCCGAGUUUACAAAUGUGGUCAGUCCGCCCCUGUGCAUAGCACUAGCUUAUCUCUGGGGAAAGCCAUAACAAUGAGCUGGAACAAUCAAACUUUCAAAAGAUUUGACUCCAGAUUUUCUACAGUAUUGCUCCCAUUUCUUCUAAUUUAUUUUAUUUAUUUAUUUCAG